ACUCACUUCCACUCCCAGAAUGAAGGCAACGACCGUUACAUGGCAGCGGCCUCUUUGCCGCCAAAUCGACUUCUCAUUUCAACAGCCACGCCUAGGGUUUCCAAAUUUCAAAGGUGCAGAGUUGUAUGGACAUAGGGCAGUGAGCUCUUUCUGUGGGGCGAUCAGGGCCGUUAACGGAGGCGAGAGAGCGAAUGGUGGGACGGCGUGGGAUGAGAAGCCCUAUGAUGUCCUGAGUGCUGGUAGGAGAGUUUAUUUGGAUGAGGAGGAUGUGGUCACGUUUCUCGAUCCUCCUAAGGAGCUGAUUCCGUUGGACCCUACUUCUUACAAUCCAGCUUCUUAUCUUUGGAAAAAAAUUGAAGACAUUCCUGAGGAAAGGCGUCAUCGGUUGCUGCACUUGCUAAAACCUAGACUUAUAUCAAGAGCUUGGCAGAUAGCUGGAACACGAUAUGAGGAUCCUAUGUUAGCAAAGAAAAUUGCAUCUAAGUUGUUGUCUAGUGAAGAUGGUGUUAUGUCACUAGAAUUUUGGAAUUGCCGAAAAAGUGGAGGACCACUGCCUAUUUCUUGGAUAAAUUUCUUCAAGAAGGCUAUAUUUUGUUGCAAGGAUGGGAAGGCUUAUGGAAGAUUUAUUGGUAAAUUUAUCUGCCCUAAGAGAACUGUUACAUUGCUUAAUAUAUUCUUUUUUGGAUGUGGACCGGUUCUGUCUGGAUUUGCAAAUUCCAUUUAUCCAUUAUAUUUCAUGGUGAGACAAUGUAAGGAAGUAAUGGCAACAGAACAUCCCUGUGAUUUAGCAUAUGAGUUUGGAGAUGGGCUCUGGGAUAUCCAAGACUUCCCGCCUGGCUUCCCAAAAGCAGCAAAACAUCCAUGGCCUUUCAAUGAUCAAGUUGUGAUAUAUGUCCGUCAUGUGGGACCGGGAGUGUUGGUAGGACAAGCAUGGCAAGAAGGAAAAGCAUUAGAACAACUGCCUCAGAAAUUAUGCAGUGAGAUUUUAAUGGUGAAAGAUUAUGCUGCAGCCCGAUAAAGCCAUUGGAAAAACCCGGUUUCUCAUCCUUACUUUUCACAACCAAGUAGGUUGAUGUCAACUUGCAAUCUCUAUAGCUUCAAGCCUUAAAGUAGGUCUACCAAAUGGGCCAUACUCUUGCUGUUACGAACCUCAAUCCCCAAUUUUGCUUCAGAUCUUUUGUCGAUCUCUUUUGAACUUAAGUAUGGUAGAAGUUGUGAUAUUGCAAUAAAAUCAAUAGCUUAUUAGGAACUUUGGUAGAUGUUGUUAGAUUGUAAUCAAAUCAAUGGCUUAAUAUAAAACUCUGUAACAUAUCUUCUUAGGGAGGAGGAAUAUUGAAGUUUGAAUACCAUUGCUAUGAAUCUGUGAUAUAUUGAAGUGUUUGCAGGGAUGAUAGGAGGCCUUAUUUGAUUCUUUCCCACAAGGCUUUUUGUGUUGCAA